AUGCCAACAACGAAUCGCAAAGGAGUCUCCCAACGAAAAGAAGAUGAAGGGACGACAGUUAUUGAGACACGCACUGAUGCCAAGCAGAAGAAGGGAGCCAAGCAGAAGAAAGGGUUAUCGCGAUCUCGUGAGGAAUUCGCUGACAAGCUCCUGGCAGUAAGACAGCGCCUUUCCACCGUGAUCACGGGCACAAGAAAUAUCCAAGCCGGUGGCAAUGAUGCCACUGAUUCUAAACAGAGAAAGGGAUUAGCCAGUACUCUUGAUGAUGAAGUCUCCGAUAAGCUCAAUGCGGCAAGUGCCAACAAUCAUCUUCAUCAACGAAGCCCUGACCUGGAUAAUACUGCUCCUGAACAAGCUCGAUUUCAUGACGCAGCUAGUGGCGUGGCAAGAAUCUCGCAUUUGGCUCCAGUAUCACCAUCAGAAGCAGUCACGCUAAUGGAAACAACUUUAUUGGCGGAUAGUGAUAAGUCAAGGAUAUGCGAUUCGGCACAUAUGACUUUUUUUCGCACCAAAAAACCUUCGCCUGAGACGUCCCUCACCCAGGAAAGUGCACCAGUCGUCAUUCCACAAUACGAAGAUCUUGACAUGGAACCGGAAGUGGUGCGAUCGACAAGAUCAACCGCGGACUACAGAGUGGGUGCCUUGCACGUGGACGGACCUCAAUUAGAAGAGGUUUCCAGCAGUGUGGAAGAUCUCUCCUCCAGUUCCUCAUCAUCAUCUUCUUCUUCAGCUUCCGAUUCUGCUCCACCUCUCAUUGAAGCCUUCCUAGUUCGGGCGAGCCAGGCAAUACUCGGGCCGUCACAAAGACAGUAUGAGGAUGAGGAGGCACCCAAUGUACAAGAAGUGCCUCCAGAAGAAACAAUCGAAGUGGCAGAGGCGCACAAGGUGAACCUGUUUGACUUGCUCCAAAAUCGAAGUAUACAAGUCUUCAUUGGAAUCCUUCUCGGACUCGUUGUGACAAUUUCGGUCAUUAUAUCUGCAUUGCUCGUAGUCUCACGAAACAAUAGCCAAGAUAUCCCUCCACCUCCUUUCAACUUGAUUGAUGUCUUCCCGGAAUACACCCAAGCACAAAUCAAUGUUUCAAUGUCUCCCCAAAGCAAGUCUUACCAAUGGCUUGAACGCCAUCCUGCUCUAACGAACAUUACAACAUGGCGUCAACAUCAAAUGUUUGCCUUGGCUACUUUCUUUUACAGCUUCAACGGAGAGAACUGGCACCCGGAGGAACGUCAGGGCUGGUUGACAUACGACAAUGAAUGUGACUGGGGCAUCAAGGGGACCAUUGAUAUCAUCUGCAACAGCAACGGACAGAUGCAAAGAUUACGGCUGAACGAACCACUUGCGAACUUUUCUGGAACAACAAUUCCUCCCGAGUUCACCUUGUUGACUCUCCUGGAAGAGCUGUCAAUCUCGAGAAAUGAGAUAGCAGUCAACAUUUCAACUUUGCUUCCGAUGAGGUUGAAGUCCCUUUCCCUUACCGCAUUGCAGCUUUCGAGAAAUGGAAUGGUCGGAGAAGUUCCAUCAGAACCGCUCCUAUCCUGGACGAAGCUGACGUCGUUGGAUCUCAGUUGGAAUAAGUUCAGAGGCCAGCUGCCCGAACAAUUCGGAAAUCUUUCAGAUCUGAUUGAACUUGACUUGAGACAAAACACCUUUUCUUCCGCUAUUCCCAGCUCUUUUGGCGUGCUUUCCAAUCUGCGAAGCCUGGAUCUCCAAGACAAUGCACUUGUAGGUUCCCUAGUCGGGGACGUUUGCUCGGGAAGGGCCAAGAUACGCUGCGACACGACGCUAGUCAACUGCAGCGAUGGUUGCAGGUGCCUCUCGGGCCUACAGGAUCUGCUGGAAUUUCCCAACUAUACUUUGGACUCGUUGCGAAAUCCAUUGUCGUCUCAGUCUCGAGCGUACACUUGGCUUGAAGAUGAAGACUUUUCGUACCCCAUUUUGCUACAAAAGGAGCAACAGCUGAAGCAAGAAUUCUAUGCGUUGACUACAUUAUUCUAUGCCUUCAAUGGCCCCAUGUGGCCGCAAGAAGUGCUGGCUGACUGGUUGAAUCCCAUCGAACCUGUCUGUGGCUGGGACAUCCAAAGCGACGACGAAAGAGCAGACAGGCUCUUCGGCAACCGCUGCCACGAUGACGGCACUUUCCAACGUUUGUCACUUCGGAAACCGGCCGGGGAUGAUAAGGAAUUCCAACUUCUGGGAGCCAUCCCUCCUGAAAUCUCCCUCUUUAAGGGCCUUGAGAGCAUCGUGAUAUUCGACACAGAGUUGAAUACCUCCUUACAAGAUCUAAUCCCAACAGAGCUGAAGACUUUGACGAACUUUUCAGAGCUGAUUCUGGCAAAAAACCGUAUCACUGGAAACAUCUCAUCAGCAUUUGUGUCCUCGCUUCCUCGUAGCUUGACUACCUUGGAUCUACGCGAAAACAGGAUUACAGGAGUCAUCCCUGAAACGGAAAUGGGCUUGUUGACUCAGCUAGAAUCUAUUGACUUGAGCUUCAACGAUCUCUCUGGGACGAUCCCAAGUGAGCUGGGGCAAUUGUCGGCUCUUGUGGAGGUGAAUCUGGCGGGAAAUAAGUUUGACACGACCUUUUUGGCAUCCAAUGACACAUCAGGGCAAAAAGCCAUCAUUCCUUUGGAAGUAUGCAGUUUGCCUUUGCUAGAACGCUUGGUAGUCGAUUGCGACAAUGUGGCUUGUCCUGAAUGGUGUUCUUGUGUCUGCAACAAUUGA